CACGCAUCUUCCGCAAAUACAUCGACCGAGAAGAGGGAAAGGCACGCACGGACGCAAAAAAGAACGACAGAAGGAGAAGAGCGCCUUUCACCAUCGGGAGCUCAGCUUGCGAGAUUCCUAUAGCAAUCAGGUUCUAUAAAUUUGGGAGUCAAAGGAACAAAGCAGACUCUAGUGAAAUUUUGACAAAUUUUUUUUUUUUACGGAAAGAAGCCCACCCAAAUUUUGCAAUCCUGGCUCUGUCUCUGGUUGUUACCGACAGCAUAAGCUUCCAUGGAGAUUUCCUCAAACAACACAAACGUCUUCUGCAACUUCUGCACGCAUGCUCAAGGGUUCGUUCCCUUAGAGCAACAAAACAACUCCAUGCUCUCAACAUCACGAUGGGUCCGUCUCCAACCCAACCCACUUUUGUCUACAAUAAUAUCAUGUCUCAAUAUUCGUCACUUGGGGAAUUGUCAGUUGCUCGUUACUUGUUUGAUAAAAUGCCUCAUAGAAACGUUGUGUCAUAUAAUAUCAUAAUUAGUGGUUAUAGUAGUUGUGGGUAUGUAGGGGAAGCUUGGAAAAUAUUUUCUGUGAUGAGAGUUUGUGGGUUUGAGCCAACUCAGUAUGCAGUUGGUGGGUUUUUGACAUGUAGGUCAUUGGAUGUUUAUCAUGGGGUUCAAUUGCAUUCUUUGGUAAUAAAGAAUGGACUGUUUGAUGUAGAUGCUUUUGUGGGGACUUGUUUGUUGGGAUUUUACGGAAGGCAUGGGUUGUUAGAGGAAGCAGUUUGGGCAUUUGAGGAUAUGCCUUGUAAGAGCUUGGUAACAUGGAAUUCACUGAUAUAUUUGCUUGGAAAUCACGGUUUUGUUAAAAAUUGUGUGUUUUUAUUUCGGGAACUAGUGAGGAUGCACUGUACUUUGUCUGAAGGUUCUUUUGUGGGUGUUUUUUCAGUAUUGUCAUGCCAGCAAGACUUUGAAUUUGGGGAACAACUGCAUGCUUUAGUCAUAAAAAAUGGGUUUAAGUGUGAAGUUGCAGUGUUGAACUCUCUUAUAAGUAUGUAUAUGAAGUGCACUGGCAUAUUCUUGGCUGAGAAAAUUAUUGAAGAGGUGACUUUUCUGGAUGUGGUAUCAUGGAAUACUAUGAUUGGUGCGGUAGCAAAAACUGAUAGACCUCAAAAAGCAUUAGAAUUCUUUACUAAAAUGUCCAUGGAUGGAGUUUUGCCUACUGAGACCACAUUUGUUAGCCUUAUAAACUGUUGUACACAUUUGGACAUUCCAUUCUAUGGAGAGUCCUUUCAUGUUAAGAUAAUCCAGCAUGGUUUGGAAUCUAAUGUUUUUGUAGGUAGUGCAUUGGUUCAUUUUUAUGCUAAAUGUGAUAACUUGGAAAGUGCCCAACGCUGUUUUAAUGAGAUCUAUAUGAAAAAUGUGGUUUGCUGGAAUGCUUUGAUUUUGGGUUACUCUAAUAAUUAUUCCCCUGCAUCCAUACUCUUACUGCAAGAAAUGCUUCAUUUAGGUUACCGACCUAAUGAGUUCUCAUUUUCAGCUGCGCUUAAGUCAUCAUUGGCAUUAGAGCUCCAGCAGCUGCAUUGCUUAAUUGUAAGAAUGGGAUUUCAGAAACACGAGUAUGUGUUGAGCUCUCUUAUAACCUCAUAUGCCAAAAAUGGUCUCAUAUCUCAUGUCCUGGUCUUUCUCACAGAUUCUGAUGGUCUUCUUGCUGCAGUUCCGUCUAAUGUCAUUGCUGGAAUUUAUAACAGAAUUGGGAGAUAUAAUGAAACUCUAAAAUUUCUUUCUCUACGUGAAAAACUUGACAUUGUAUCCUGGAACAUUGUGAUUGCAGCUUGUGCCCGCAGCGGUUAUUACGAAGAGGUAUUUGAGCUUUACAAACAGAUGCAUUUGAUUCAAGUCCUGCCAGACAAUUAUACAUUUGUCAGCCUUCUAAGUGUGUGCGCAAAACUUUGCAAUUUUUCUUUGGGCAGUUCUCUUCACGGUUAUAUCAUUAAGAUAGAUUUCAGUUCUUGUGACACAUUUGCAUGCAACGUUUUAAUUGACAUGUAUGGGAAAUGUGGUAGUGCAGACAGCUCAGUGAAAAUCUUUGAAGAAAUGAAAGAAAAAAAUUUAAUCACAUGGACAGCUCUAAUUUCUGCACUUGGACUUAAUGGUUAUGUUCAUGAGUCAUUAGAACGAUUCAGAGAAAUGAUACUCUUGGGCUUUAAGCCUGAUGGAGUAGCUUUUACUGCAGUUCUUACAGCUUGCAGGCAUGGCGGGUUAGUGAGAGAUGGGAUGGAGUUAUUUGGGAAAAUGAAAAUGGAUUAUGGUGUUGAACCAGAAAUGGAUCAUUACCAUUGUAUGGUUGACUUGUUGGCUAAAUGUGGACAUGUUACAGAAGCAGAGACAGUGAUUUCCAACAUGCCCUUCCCACCAAAUGUCAUUAUAUGGCGUAGUUUCCUUGAAGGCUGCAAGACUCAUGGAGCUGCAAUGGACCAAGCAGUAGGACAUCUUUAAUUGUGAGUUAGAAUAGAGGAAUUCCUUGUAACGUCUAUGCAUUGGUGGUGCUUCUUUGAGCACGUGAGUUAAUAGUCCUACCUUCCAGUUUUGAUCCUUCUUUGAACAGAUCCUGUAUGAGUCCUACCUUUUGGGUGGAUUUAUAAUUUUGGUAGGUAAGGCUACUCUGAGCUUUAAACAGAGGAAACUAAAAAGAGUUGAGGCAAUGAAGCAUUGCCUUUUCCUUUUCUUUUUGGCUUGAUUUCAGGUGAAAAUACUUCUCAUGCGAAUUGUGGACCCUAUAAUUCCAUUACCAUUUCAGCCCCGCCCCCACCUCCUUAUUUGAUUGCAAUGCUGUCCAUUGCACAAAUUUCAGGUCACCAUUGUCCUAUUGGAUAAUGUGUGUAUUUUGAGGAUGUCAUGUCAGAUGUGCUUGCAUUUCGAAGACAUCUGCAUGAGUACAGAAACAAGAUUCAAGUACUGUCAACUAAAGGGUAAGAACAAGGGUUUAUUUAUAAUAAAGCAUUCUUGUUUAGAGCACGGUUAAACAAGUUUUUUUUGGUGAUUUUUAUUACAAACGUCUUAAAUGGUGUUUUGAAAAAAAUUCCAAGCACCAUUCUGAUAUGUAAUUCAGCGAUCAAAAAAUGGUCAGUUUCCCUUCUCAGUGCUUCCCUACAGCCCCGCCUCUGCCGCCGCCUGGCCCGCUCCCCUCUCCAAGAAGCCAUUCCCCACUUCGUCUCUCUCUUGUCUACCACCAAGCACCCAUCACCACAGACCUCUCACAACCAUCAUCAGUUGACUCUUCUCACAUUCAUGGUUGCAGCACCUCAAUUCUUUGAUUCUUUGCCAUUGAUUUUUCCUUUCAAAAUAUCUGGGUUUUUUUUUUCUGCUCUAACCAAAUUACGCAAGAUUGGUCAGAAGUGGGGAACCUUAACCCCAAACACAACGUUUAUCGGAUUUUUGUCUCUCUUACUUUACUCUUGAUCUGAUUCUUUGAUUUAUUUCAGUGAACAAAAGGCCUUUCCAAUGCAAUGUGUUGUUUAGCAGGGUAUGAUAAGUGUUUUAGUGGUUCCUUUCCAAGAGGUUGGCUUAACAGGGUCCACAUUUAUGUGAAAGAAAAUUUGGUUGGUAUUCAAUUUUCUCAACCGGGGGGUUUGUCUAAUUUUGUAGAUCAGAAGAGCUACAGGUCAACUUGCAUGUUGGUGUUAUUAGUGGUUUCUCGAGUGAUUUUUUCUUAAAGAUUAAUCUGUUUGCUGGGUUUUACAGUGAAUUAGUUUGACGGGCCUAGAGUUUAGAAACCCACAAACAACUUUUCUUUGGGUUUUCACCUGAAAAGCGUGUCAUUAGAACCGUCCUUUCUAUUUUGGAUUAAAUACUCCUUUAUUUAUUGAAGCUCAAAGGAAAAGCCUCAUACUCGAAGAAAUAGAUGUAGUACGAGAGAGUGGGCUAAACUUUUCAGCAUUUGUGCAAUUGUGUAGAAAAAGUUUAAACAUCACUAGCAUCUGUCAUACAAUUAUCAUUUGGAGCCUAUCAUUAGCAAACUGUUGGGAAUUUUUAUAUAUGUACUUCUAACUAGGAAAAUUUAUUCUUUAAUUGCAAUUUUGUAGUUCGGAGAACAAUGUGUUCCAAAUGACUCAUUGCAUAUAGUCAUUUCAAGUGUAAUACAUCUAAUUAUUUCAAAUAUAUUCAAUCCAAUAGUGUCAAGUCCAAAUUCAAUAAACCGGAGUCUAUUUGGAUGGAGUGAUUUCAAAUCUAGGAUUUAUAGUUAAGACGGUUUAUUGAGACUACUACAAUACAUGUGUGCAAAGAUUUAAGUAAGACGGGGAAUGAAGAAAACAAAUAGAUUUUAAAUUACUCAUUGCAUAUAGUUUUUUCAAAUACAUAAAAUCAAAUCUCUUCGAAAAAAAA